UUCUGCUCACAUGUUGGUAAUCCGUGAUCCAUAUUAUCAUGGCGUCUCGGUUUAGCAGUGUUUUGAUGCUGGCAGAUUUGGAUGAUUUUAUUACACCUUCGCAGGAAUGCAUUAAACCUGUGAAGAUUGAUAAAAUAGAGAGUAGCACUGGUGCAAAAAUCAAAAUACAAGAUGAUGGGUCCUACAUACAAAUUAAAGAGGAUGGUGAUGUACAGAAACUUGGAAAAGUGGAGAUUUCUCUGUCUGACUGCUUGGCCUGUAGUGGAUGUAUCACAUCAGCAGAGAGUGUGCUUAUUACACAGCAGAGCCAGGAAGAAAUGAUUCGUGUUUUCCGAGAGAAGAAACAGCUUUAUCAGGAUGGAAAAUCAGACUUGGCAAAAUUAAUAGUAGUAUCAUUAUCACUACAGCCUAUUUUGUCUUUGGCAGCAAGGUAUAAUCUUUCACCAGAUGAAACAGCACUUAAAUUAUCAGGCUACUUCCGGAUGCUGGGUGCUGACUUGGUAUUAGAUAUGGCAGUUGCUGAAGAUUUUGCGCUUCUUGAAAGUCAGCGGGAAUUUGUGCAACGUUAUAGAGCUGCUGAAGAAAAACAUACAUCUAAAUCAUCAUUGCCAAUGUUGGCUUCUGCCUGUCCAGGUUGGGUGUGCUAUGCUGAGAAGACUCAUGGUAAUUUAGUUCUUCCAAAUAUAUCAACUACAAAAUCACCACAACAAAUAAUGGGAUCACUUGUUAAAUAUCAUUUGGCAUCUCAGUUAUCAAGGAUACCUGACUCUGUGUAUCAUGUUACACUCAUGCCAUGUUACGACAAGAAACUGGAGGCUUCCCGUGAACAAUUCUUCAAUCAGCAAUUACAAACACGAGAUGUGGAUUGUGUCAUUACAGCAGUUGAAUUGGAGCAACUUCUGCAGUCUGAAGACCAAAGCCUAACUACGAUGGAUUCAGUACCAUUGGACUUUCCUUGGAGCAAGACACAGUCAUCUAUUCCACCCUUAGUGUCACACCAAGGGUCGGGCUCUGGAGGCUAUGCUGAGCUCAUUUUUAUUCAUGCUGCUAGGGAACUGUUUGGCUUCACUCAACUGGAAGUUCACUAUAAGUUGCUUAGGAACCCAGAUUUUCGUGAGGUAACACUGGAACAAGAUGGAAAGGUGUUGCUGAAAUUUGCUGUUGUCAAUGGUUUCCGAAAUAUCCAGAACUUGGUUCAGAAGAUGAAACGAGGAAAGAACAGUUACCAUUAUGUCGAGGUCAUGGCUUGCCCAUCAGGUUGUUUAAAUGGGGGUGCUCAAGUGCGACCGCAAGAUGCUUCUUCUUCGAAAGAACUGACAGUGAAGCUAGAGGCAAUGUAUCAGGCCUUACAAAAACAAGUACCUGAAGAAAACAGUACAGUUCAGGAGUUAUACCAUACGUGGCUAGGAGGUGCUGACAGUGAUAAGUGUUCAGCUAUGUUACAUACUAAAUAUCAAGCAGUAGAGAAAGUGGCUAACUCGCUAAAUAUCAAGUGGUGAUGCUGGGUGAAGCAGCGCCUGAGUUGCAGAGAGACUGGAUACUUACUUCAUUCGUGGUAUGCGUGUUGUAGAUAAUACUUCAGCAUUUUGCAUUCCAUGUAUUUUGACAGCUUGCUUGAAUUUCAGUACUGUUAGGCUGGACCCCGCCCCUUUUUAUGUCUGUGUAUAUGAAUAUAUUACAAACCGCUACAACUUUUGUCAGCUUUUCCUUUCCAUGCUCACUUCAGGUUUUGAGAUAGAUGGAAUUGUAAUGGCCAGUUUCACACUCUACUGGACUGCGCCUAGUAGACAUAUUGAAUGGGAUAAGGGUAUUUAUAGUGAGUGUGACUGCUUUUAAAGUAUUGUCCGUCUGACUUCAUACAGAUGUCUGAGUGGGAGCAGUACUAGUACCUUGAAGUUUGAUGAGGCAAUAAUAAAUUUUCAGAAAUGUGUAAUUUCUUUGUAGGCUUAUUUUUGUUUCAUGUAGAACUACAUAGCAGCCACACACCAUCUGUAUUUAGAUGUUUCAUGGUGAUUAGUAAUGAAUUAUAGGCACUAGACAUGCGAAAUGUUAUGUGUAGAUGAAACAUGUACCUACAUGCUUUAUUUGGAACAUUUUUGUGUGUUAAAACAAUGAACAGGGUGACUGUGUUAAACUCUUACACUAUGAUUUUAACUCACAUAAGCUUAUAAAUACAGUAGAUUCCGGUUAAUUGGGACACAUCGGAACUAGAACACUUGGCCCAAUUAUGCGAAGAGUUAAAAAGGUUUAAAACAAAAGACAAACUCCCGUUUAUUGAGAUGAUUUAUUGAGCAAAAACAAUAUUGUAAAUGAAUUCUGGAACAAAUGUUACAGAUUGGAGAAAAAUAUUUACGCUAAAAGCAAUUUCAGUUUAAUGUAUGUUUCAAACACGCCUGUGUGUAGUUCUUAACAGUUUAUGAUGUUGGAGAAAUUUGUCGAGUGUACCCUGUCGUGUUCUCUUGAUUGACUGCAACUGAACAAAAUCAGCUCAGGUAUCUAGUGCAGACACAGAACUGCCUUCAUUGCCUUCCUGCAUGAAGUAGCAUCAUAAUCCAGCAACAAAUUUCCUGGCAUCCUGGUUAGUCACUGAGUGGGUCAGCGCAAAUGCCACAUACCUAGUGAUCACAAGCACGCCAUCUAGCAGUCACUGCAAGCAGAAUCGCCGCUACACUCUCUGAAUACGCACGUGUUCAUUAAUGAGUGAAUCAGCGAUGACUCACUCAGUUUCACUCAUCCGUCCAUGCCACACACCACAAGCGCACCGUCUAGAACUCCCUGUCCUGAUUGAAUGGAAUGGUGUCCCAAAUAAGCAAAGCAAAUUCCAGUUAUUUUUUUUGAUUUGUUAUUGUUCUUUAAGAUUUUUCCCAAAUAAAUGGCUGCCGAUAACCUAAUUAACUGGAAUCUACUGUACUGAUGACAUAGCAACAUAUAUUUCACAGUAACAAAGUUCAGAAUUUUUCUUUUCUUCUCCCUUUUUAGCCCACAUUCUUAUCUAAGGAAAGUUGGGUUUAUGGCAUCAUUGUAAGUCCACAUGCAUGUGGAGUAAAACAGUAAUGCAAUGUAUAGAAUACUACAGCACUUCAUUUUGCUUGUCAGUGACAGUUCCUGACGGCUUGUAUUGUAAACCGCACUCAAUACCAGAUGUCACUCAAGUCCAUUCAUUAGUUUUGGGGAUGAAACAUGGAUAGACAUGAACCCAUGGUAUGCAUCCAUUUUAUGAAUUUUGUGAAAAUAACACAAAAAAGGUAAAGGUACACAUUCAUUUGAAUGUUCAUAAUUGUCCUUGUGUAUCCCUCCACGGCACAGUACAGAAACAGCUGCACAUUUUCCACAGCAUCAGGGCUACAGCUUUCAAACUGUGGUUACUAUAAUUUUGUGCAAAUAAACCAUCAGACCCGUGAUA